AUUUCUAAUGGCUGCCAACUCAUCAGAAGGUUGACUGAGGAAUAAUACAUCUUAGAAUAUUUUUAGGAACAUAUCGUUUAUUUUCAAGUAUUUCAGAAAUUUAUUAACUUAUAUUGUUGAAUGAAAGCAAAGUAACAAUGGAAAUUCUAAACAUUGGGAUAUUUCUUUUAAUGUCAAUUAUAACAAAUGUCAACUGUAUCAAUUGGUACUUGGAGCCAAAUACUCACAAGUGUUUAAAAGAAGAUGUUCAAGCAAAUGUAUUAGUUAUGGGAGAAUAUUUUGUUUCUGAAGAAUUCGGUCAAAAAGUUGAUUACGUGAUCAGAGAUACCAAUCAACAUAUCCUUUCUCAGAAGGAAGAUAUUCCACAUAAUAAGCUAUUAAAGUUUUCAUUUAUUACCGAAACAGCAGACACCUUUGAAAUUUGUUUUAUUUCACGUGUACCAAGUCAUCAACGUGGCGUGAAACAAGAAAUAAUGCUUACUACAAAACGUGGCAUUGAAACAAAAAAUUAUGAAGGUAUUGCAGAAGUAGCUAAAUUAAAACCCGUGGAAGUAGAAUUGAAACGUUUGGAAGAUCUAUCUGAAGUCAUAGUACAAGAUUUUGCAAGAAUGCGAAAAAAUGAAGAGGAAAUGAGAGAUACUAAUGAGGCAACCAAUGCUCGCGUCUUGUAUUUCAGUAUAUUUUCUAUAUGUUGUCUUUUAGGACUCUCUACUUUGCAAGUCUUUUAUUUAAGACGUUUUUUCAGAGCAAAGAAAUUAAUAGAAUAAAAAAAUAUAUAUAUAUUAUACAUAUAUAUAUAUAUAUAUAUUUUUUUUUUAAUUCGGAUCAUAUUGGACAUGUAUGUUGUGUAAAAUACAUUUUGAAAUAUAAAAUAAUUUUUUAAAUAA